UUGGAUUUUUCAGGGGGAACCGCAGCAGCAGCAAUGGCAGGCUCCUCCUCCGCUUUGUCCUCCUCCGCCGUCUUGCAAAUGGUCUGCACAGCUGCGCUCCUUCUAACCCUGAGCAGCGCACUGUGCGCCGUGGCUGCCCCUCUGACGCUGAACAACGGCAUUCCCGCAAACUCGAUCACCAGCAACGAGCUCGUCUUCCCCACGUCAAGUGGCACGGUCGCGGUCGUCGUCGUCACAGGCUCCAAUGCAACCAUCUAUGCGUCAAGCACCGUCUCACCGCCGUCGCAGGCAUCCUACAGCGCCAAGUCUGAGCCGGCUGUGCUUUCCGCGGACGGCCUGAGCUACAUUUCGUUGCUCACCUACGCCAAUACAAACAACCUGCCGCUCUACUUGAAUGUCACGUUUGCCAACUGGGCGGUUUCCGGCCCGUUCAACAUUACAGCAACGUUCAGCUGCCCUUCCACAAGUUAUCUGAGCAACCCAACCGAUCUCUUUUGCCAGGCCUGCCCCGCCCACUCGGUCAACGGCGCCCUUUCGUCGCCUCGCACGUCUGCAGCACAGACAACAUUUGCGCCCAACCAGUGCAUCUGCGACGUUGGCUUUUACGGGACGGAUGGCCUGCCUCCCUGCCUCCCAUGCACCGUCGGCUCGGAGUGCAACGUGCUCGGCCUCAGUCUCCCGCUCGUCGCACCGGGUUACGCUCUCUAUCCUGCGUACGUGACCAACCCCGCCAAUCUGUCCACCUACAGCUCGGCCAUCUUUGCCUGCCCGACAGCCUCGCAUUGCCCUGGCGGCACGCCGCUGUCCGUCAGCGCGCCGACCGUGUGCGAGGCCGGGUACGAAGGCUAUGUUUGCGGCGGGUGCGCACCCGACUACUUUCAGCUCCAGUUUGAGUGUCGCGAGUGCGGCUCCGACCGCUGGUUUAUGGCUGCGUGCUUUUUCAUGUUUGUAGCCUGGCUAGCGUUCUUCCUUGCCGCCAUUCUGUACCGCCGCACGACGUCGUUGCCCAUCUUGCUGCACUUUUUGCAGCUGGCAUCGCUGCUCUACGUCUUCCCUCUCGACUGGGACUCGACGCUGAUGCGGUUUUUGAACUUUCUCUCCUUCAGCAUGCUGAACUGGCAGCUGGCCAUGCCGGAAUGCGCGCUCGACGACUACACCAUCUACACUGGCCUGGCCAUCACACUCGCGCUGCCUCUCAUCUUCCUCGCUCUGCACGUCAUCUUCCUUGGUCUCGCUUGGCUGUACAUUCUGCUCGGUGUGUGCUUCAAGUGCAUGUGGAUGUGGAAGACGCCGAGCAUGAUUUCUGCCAUGGAUCGAUCCGUCUCGUCGUUUGUCUGCUUCCUCGAGUUCAUCUACCUGCCUGUCACUGCGGCCGCGUUCGCCAUGUACCAGUGCCAGCGCAUCGAGGCCGUUGAUGGAUCCAACAGCCACCACUACAUGAUUGGCUCGUCCAACAUCCAAUGCUACGAGGGUGACUGGAUGACCAACCAAGCGCUCGCCCUCACCGCGAUUGCCGUCUAUUCGAUUGGCAUUCCUCUCUGGAAGUUUAUCAUGCUCAGGCGAUUUGCCGGUCGCGACACGGAUGCGGAUCGCAUCAAGCAGGUGGAGAAGAAUGGCUUCACGCCGUCCGUCCUCACGUUGCGCCGCGAUCAGUUUGAGGGUCUGCUCUCGCGCUACCGUGAGCGGGCAGAGUGGUUUAUGUUUUGCACCUACUUGCGAAAGCUGCUCUACGUCAUCAUCUUUACCUUCCUGAUCAACUCGCCUCGGUACCAAGCGCUGACUGCCAGCUUCUUUUUGCUCAUCUGGUCCGUCUUCCAGAGCCGCAUUGCUCCGUACAAGUCAAUGCUGGCGAACAAUCUCGAAAUCGUCCUGCUCGUCUCCAUCCAUGUGGACUUGCUCUUUGGCAUUGGCGUUUACUCUGGCGAGGCUGCUUCCUCCAUUUCGGGCGUCGUUUUCUUUUUGAUUGUUGCUGCCGGCUUGCUGGCGCUCUUCUUCCUCUUCCUCGAACUGUUCUGGAUGCUGGGUCGUAAGAUGUUCCCUGCGCUGCGCAAAUUCGACAACAACGACCCGACCGCGCGGAGCUCGCUCGUGGGCCGCGGCUCUGAGAGCAGCAUGGCCACCACCAGUACCGCUACCACGGUUGCGGCACCGGCUGGCUCGACUGCGAUUGAAAUGGACCGUCCGACUUCGUCUCAACAACCAAGCGCCGUUGCCGCUGCGCCUGUGGCCGCUGCUGCUGCUACUGCUGCUGGAUUUACACGUUCCAACUCGUUCGAUUCGUUUGCAUCUGCCUCGGAUGACGCUGGCGAGUCUGUGACCGCACGUCAGCCCGAGCCUGAGGCUGAGCCUGAAGCGUCUCGUCCACCCACUCCUCCUGCGGCGCCUCCUGCACCUCCGCCGGCACCUCCCGCCGAGCCUCCUGCUGCACCGCCUUCUCCGCCUCCAGCCCCGCCUGCACCGCCAGCAGCGCCUCCAAUGCCGCCAGCAGCGCCUCCAGCGCCACCCGCAGCACCGCCAGCACCACCAGCAGCACCGCCAGCACCGCCAGCAGCUCCCCCGAUGCCGCCAGCUGCGCCGCCGAUGCCGCCAGCUGCGCCACCGAUGCCUCCAAGUGGCCCACCUCCACCUCCGGCUCCGCCAGCAGCCGGCCCACCUCCGAGCCAGCCUGGCCGCGGCGAUUUGCUCUCCAGCAUUUCCAAUUUCAAGGGCGGGUUGCGCAAAGUUCAAACCAACGACCGCUCAAGUCCUCUGACUGGCGGCUCGUCGAGCGGUGGCGCCGCGGCCAGCUCGAGCUCAGGCUCUGGCUCGGGUGGUGCUACUCACCCUCCUGGCGGUCCCACGCUUGACUCGCUUGCGAGCGCACUGGCUGCCGCAAUGGCUGCUCGCCGCAUGUAAUGUUUCCUUGCUUUUGAGCUUUGUUUUCGCAAACCCCAAGCCAAGAAUACAGCAGCAUUACGUACAAAAA